AUGUCUACAUACGGGCACCUUUUCCGCGUUACAACUUUCGGCGAAAGUCAUUGUGCUUCAGUAGGUGCGAUCAUAGAUGGAUGUCCACCAGGCCUAACACUUUCGCCUGAAGAUAUUCAAAUCCAACUUGACAGAAGAAGACCUGGGCAGAGUGACCUGACAACUCCAAGGAAUGAGAAAGAUCGCGUGCAUCUUCAGAGUGGACUAGAACUCGGUGUCACCCUCGGAACACCCAUAGCGCUCCUUGUCAAAAAUGAAGAUCAACGUCCGCAUGAUUAUUCCGAGACGGAUUCGUACCCGCGGCCGAGCCAUGCAGAUUAUACCUAUCUAGAGAAGUACGGUGUGAAGGCAAGCAGUGGUGGAGGCCGGAGUAGUGCUCGAGAAACCAUUGGUCGAGUCGCAGCCGGAGCUAUCGCAGAAAAGUACCUCAAGACUGCAUUUGGCAUCGAAGUAAUUGCAUUCGUAUCCUCUGUAGGCAAGAUCAACAUCCCUUCCAGCGUUCCUUCUUCAUUACCCUCCAACGAGGAUGACGAUGAGGUCGAAGACGCACUCAGUGAAGAAUUCCGAAACUUGCUCGCGACUGUUACCAGAGAACAGGUCGACCAACACCCUACUCGAUGCCCACAUCCAGAGACUGCGGAACGAAUGACCAAGCGGAUCAUUCGUGCUAAAGAUACCUCAGAUUCCAUUGGUGGCAUCGUUACCUGUGUCAUCCGCAACGUCCCUUCUGGUCUAGGUGAACCCUGCUUUGACAAAUUUGAAGCAACCCUCGCACAUGCGAUGCUAUCUAUCCCUGCCACCAAGGCCUUUGAGAUCGGGUCUGGUUUCCGUGGCACACAGGUUCCAGGAAGCAAACACAACGAUGCGUUCGUGAGACGUGAUGAUGGCAGACUUGGGACCAAAACCAAUUGGAGUGGAGGUGUUCAAGGUGGCAUCACUAACGGAGAGGAUAUCUACUUCCGUCUUGGCUUCAAAUCCCCUGCCACAAUCUCCCAAGCUCAAGACACAGCUCAAUAUGAUGGCACACCUGGAUCCCUUGCAGCUCGGGGCCGUCACGAUCCCUGUGUCGUGCCUCGGGCAGUGCCUAUCGUCGAGGCGAUGGCUAGUCUGGUCGUAAUGGAUCAAUUAUUGAUUCAGAAUGCUCGAAAAACUGCCGCUUCAUUGCUUCCACCCAUCACAACUCUGCCUCCCACUAUGGUCAUGCCCGGUGCCAAAGGCCCUGCGUAG